CCGGAGCAUAAGGUUAUUGGGAGGAGCUUCAAUGAGACACUGACAUAAGGUGAUUCAAUUUAUAUAGUGAUGUAUUCGAGAUUUCAUCUCUAUGGCGAGGUUAAGGACCAAAUCACGAACGCACCGGAAUGGAUCCGUUAUCAAACAAGAUCCACCUCCCCACAACUACCCCUCUCCAGUGGGUGAGGAGGGGGUCAUCGACUCCUUGAAUUCAGUUGUGCAACUCAUGUUCAUCAAUCCUCAGAGGCCCAGGACUAACUGUACCCUUAUUAAAAUCUGAACAUCUUAAAAUGGCGUCUACUCUUGAUGUGGCUGCUGCACGAGCGGCGUUCCCGGCUCUUAAGGGAGAGCAGAUUUACAUGGACAAUGCAGGAGGAAGUCAAGUUCUUGGCACCGUUGCGGAUUCUAUUCACUCCUACUUGUUGAACACCAAUGUCCAGCUUGGUGCUACCUACAAGAUAUCUCAGAGUUCUACUGCAGCUUAUGACAAUGGAUAUAAGGCUGCAGCAGGCUUUAUCAAUGCGCAGCCCGAGGAGAUCAGCAUUGGAGUAUCAACCACUCAGCUGUUACAUAAUCUCUCCACGGCACUCAAGUUCCAGCCUGGUGAUGAGCUCAUCGUAUCCAAGCUCAACCAUGAGGCUAACAGUGCACCCUGGGCCCGCAUCGCGGAGCGCCUCGGGUUGACCGUGAAGUGGUGGGCAUCGUCCGACCCAAAGAAUCCAACGUGUGAUGUGGCAGAUCUGAAAACCCUCUUGUCAGGCAAGACUCGUCUGGUUGCGUGUCCACAUGUUUCAAAUAUCACAGGCACCAUUAGCCCCAUCCGGGAGAUUGCCGAUGCUGUCCAUGCUCACCCGAGAGCACUCCUCUGUGUUGAUGGUGUCGCUCUCGCACCCCAUCGCCCAGUCGACGUCCAAGCCCUCGGAGUAGAUUUCUACGUAUUCUCGUGGUACAAGGUCUACGGCCCCCACUUGGCACAACUAUACGCCUCCUCUCGCACCCAUGAUCAAAUCGACUCGCUAGCACACUUCUUCAAACCCACCGACACGCUAGACCAGAAGCUCAACCUUGCCUCGGCCAACUACGAGCUCACCCAGAGUAUUCCCGCCGUCGUGGCGUACUUUGGCACGGAUCCUAGCACAACGUGGACGGCCAUGGCCGCGCACGAGGAACGCCUGCAAGAGAUUCUGUUGCGGUUCCUGGUGGCGGAUGACCGGAUCACGAUCAUCGGCGAGCCGCGUGGGAGCCAAGAGCUGCGGACACCGUUGAUUAGUUUCGUUGUGCGAGGGGUGAAGAGUCAGAGGUUGGUUGAGGCGGUUGAGUCGCGGUCUCCGUAUGGAUUCCGGAAUGGCCAUAUGUAUAGUCACCGGCUACUAAAGGACGUGUGUGGAUUAGACGAUGUGGAUGACGGAGUGGUUCGUGUGAGUCUGUCGCAUUACAAUACUGAGGCGGAGGUGGCGGGGCUAGUGACCGUUCUCCAGGAGGCUCUGGCAGAGUUAUCGUAGAAUUGAUGAUGGGAGUGGCAUCGGUGAGAGAAUGAGUCAUAUUGAGUGGGCUAGCUUAUGGAAGAAGAGGACCGAAUGAUGAUCGAUGAGUUUUUUUGAUAGCCACCAUUUCCAGGGAGUUCGGUCUCCGGACCACUCUCGACCUCGUGACUUUCGAGGGUGUGGGGGCCGAUGCCGGCGUCUUGCCCAUCUCGUCAUUUUAGAUAGAAAGCGCCGAUAGGAUAUUAUGGAGAUACUUGUGAUAAAGCAACGAAGCGUCGUUCUCAAGAGGGUAA